GUUCAGCGCCACACGCUUCAUUCGCCUUGUCCAUAGAAGAGGAGAAGCGCUAACUGUCAGCGCAGGAACAAAAACAGUUCACCUCCGCCCUCCAGGAGAGCACGAAAUACACUCUGCUGAGUGAAAGGAAGCGUUUAACCUGAUAAUUUGAAAUAGAUUAAAUCUGUACAGCUAAACUAGGGAGGCGUCGUCGAGAAGUGCACCUCGCUCUUUUCUUCUUCUACUGGCUUGAGCUAGCUUAGCCUGAUAGCUUAGCAGGGCAACCAGCCGUCCGUGUCCGACCGUGCAGGACUUUGUCAUCAAGAGCGUAGAGAACCCGUCGUAGCUGCGCCCAAACUCAGCUGGACUUUACUUAACAAUUAUAACUGCACGCAUCGGGUGCAAACACGGCGUUUGCAUGCAAAGUUUUAACAAAACUGGAACGAUAAACCUCCUGCUAAACAAGGAAGUCUGAAUGAACUUUGCUGCUAGCCUGCUAGCCAGCACAUAGCCCGCCCUGCAGGUCAUUGUGCCCCCUGCUCCGGCAGCUGAAGGGGUCCGUGCAGCCUCUUCGCCAGCCUCUUGAUAUUCCGUGAAAGCAUCUCGUUGUACAGUCGGUAUUUAGUUCGCUAGCUAAAGGAGCCAGCCUAGUCGUUUGCUCUGCCACAAUCUCUCAUCUGUUAACUUGGAGAAAAAGUCGAACAGACGUGUCAGAGAUGAUUCCCGACAAAGCGCCGAAGGAGGACGUCAUCCACGGCUCUGAAGACCUGAAGAAGGAGGCUCACAUCAAUAGCUUUGAGAAAUAUAAAGAGCUCUACUUGAAAUCCGUAGAGAACCCCGAUGAGUUCUGGGGUGACAUCGCCAAAGAUUUCUUCUGGAAGACCAAACACACGGGUCAGUUGCUCGACUACAACUUCGACGUGACCAAAGGGCAAAUAUUCAUCAAAUGCAUGGAAGGAGCGUCCACCAACAUCUGCUACAACCUGCUCGACCGCAACGUCCACGAGAGGAAGCUCGGCGACCAAGUGGCCUUCUACUGGGAGGGCAACGAGCCUGGAGAUGAGGCGACGGUGACCUACAGAGAGCUGCUGCAGAGGGUCUGCCAGUUCGCCAACGUCCUGAAGUCUCAGGGAGUGAAGAAGGGCGACCGAGUUUCCAUUUACAUGCCCAUGGUGGUGGAGCUGGUGGUGGCCAUGUUGGCUUGUGCCCGCAUCGGAGCUGUUCACUCCAUAGUGUUUGCAGGAUUCUCCGCUGAGUCUCUGUGUGAGAGGAUCCUGGACUCGCAGUGUUCACUGCUCAUCACAGCAGAUGGGUUCUAUCGAGGAGAUAAGCUGAUCAACCUGAAGCUCUUAGCUGACGAAGCACUGCACAAAUGUAGAGACAAGGGCUUCCCGGUCCAGAAGUGUAUCAUGCUGAAGCACUUGUCCAAGGAGACCGAAGAGACUCCUCUGGGUUCUCAGUCUCCUCCGGCCAAACGAUCCUGCCCUGAUCUGCAGCAGGAGAAACAGACAGGAAGAGUAAAGAAAACACGUCCUCUUCCGCAGGUCCCGUGGAACCCCGAGGUGGACUUGUGUUGGCACACUCUGGUUCGUGGAGCCUCAGACGAGUGUGAACCCGAGUGGUGCGAGUCUGAAGAUCCUCUCUUCAUCCUCUACACCAGCGGCUCAACCGGGAAACCCAAGGGAGUUCUUCACACGGUCAGCGGCUACAUGCUCUACACGGCCACCACCUUCAAGCUGGUGUUCGACCACCAGCCUGAUGACAUCUAUUGGUGCACGGCAGACAUCGGCUGGAUCACCGGACACUCUUACAUCACCUACGGCCCGCUGGCUAAUGGGGCCACCAGCGUCCUGUUUGAGGGCCUGCCUACCUACCCAGACGUAAGUCGUAUGUGGGAGAUUGUGGACAAAUAUCGAGUGACCAAGUUCUACACAGCUCCGACCGCCAUCCGGCUGCUGAUGAAGUACGGCAGCGAGCCGGUGCAGAAGUGUAAGCGAGAGUCCCUGAAGGUUUUGGGGACGGUGGGAGAGCCCAUCAACCCUGAGGCCUGGCAGUGGUACUACAACGUGGUGGGGGAGAAGAGAUGUCCGGUCGUCGACACCUUCUGGCAGACAGAAACUGGUGGACAUGUGUUGACUCCGCUGCCUGCAGCCACACCCAUGAAGCCUGGAUCUGCUACGUUCCCGUUCUUCGGAGUCGUGCCGGCCAUCCUGAAUGAGUCCGGAGAGGAGCUGGAGGGGCCAAGUGAGGGAUACCUGGUGUUCAAACAGCCGUGGCCAGGUGUGAUGAGGACCGUGUUCGGAAACCAUCAGAGGUUUGAGACCACCUACUUUAAGAAGUUUCCUGGAUACUACGUGACAGGAGACGGUUGCCGUAGAGACAAGGAUGGCUACUACUGGAUAACAGGGAGGAUAGACGACAUGCUGAAUGUGUCAGGUCACUUACUGAGCACGGCCGAGGUGGAGUCGGCUCUGGUGGAGCACGAGGCCGUCGCUGAGGCUGCUGUGGUGGGCAGACCUCAUGCUGUGAAAGGAGAGAGCCUCUACUGCUUCGUCACCCUCACCGAUGGAGUGACGUACAACCGCACGCUGGAGGCAGAACUCAAAAAGAAAGUACGGGAGAAGAUCGGCGCCAUUGCAACACCAGACUACAUCCAGAACGCUCCAGGACUCCCCAAGACCCGAUCUGGUAAAAUCAUGAGAAGGGUGCUCCGCAAAAUCGCCUGCGACGAACGAGACUUGGGCGACAUCUCCACGCUGGCCGACUCCUCGGUUGUCGAGCAUCUCUUCCAGAACAGAUGCUGCACGGCGGUGUGACGACAUCUGGGACCGUUGCAGGGAGGCUCCGACUGCCGCCGCGUGCCAGCGGCCACAAACCCAACCAGGCGAGAGGAGGAGGAGGAGGAGUUCCAUGAACACGGUCUUAUCCAACAAACAGCCUUUAGCUCCUGAUGAGUGUCACACUGUGUAGCAGAGCCUGUAUUUAAAAUGACCCACCCAUCAUGAUAUGUGAGAAGAAACAGCAGCAGGUAGAGAUGCAACAUGUCUGCUUACUGAGAGAUAUUUUCCAUGUCUUUUGUCAAAACUGAUUUUAACAGCAACAAGCCGAGUCUAUGAAUUAGUAAGUACAUCAGCCUGUUGGUCUAAAGGUUUUCCAGACGUGAUAGAGUUGCUGUUGCCACUCAGGUUAUUUCUGUGAAGGGCUGUCUUGCAGUCCAACUGUGUGGACAGGGAGAACAGGGAAGCACUUCUCCUGGUUUUGUCCAGUUUCAGACAGUACAACAGAGGAAUAUCUGCUGCUCGGUUUAAGUAUGAACAGCACUUGUACCGUCACAGUGAGUCCUGUGUCACUGCAGCAGAUUUCCUCUGCUUUCUGCACUGGACUAAGGCUCAUGUGACGUGCUACCUGUGCCCACCCUGUAGUCGCUAUAACAAGUUGUCUCCUCCCCUCGCUCGCUGCCAUAGAACUGUUAAUGUACACUGAUGAUUAACUAAACUACAUACUAGUUCUAAUUUCUAUUGUCUUUUUACAAACAAAUAUAAUUUUGUGUCAUUUUCUUUUCAUUUUUAUUGAGAUUUUUGACAGGAUUUGUCGGGUAUUUCUGUUUGUGUGUCUGCACGCUUGCUGCCUGCUUGGUGCGUUCAGCCUGACGUGGCUCAGGAAGCUCAGCUGAUCUCACGAAGGCCCACAGCUGCAGCUCUGAUGUCGAUUAUGUGACUCUGUAUAAGUAUGCAUUGGAUUUGGAGUUGUCAGAACUGCAAUACGGUACAAUAAAAACCAUAUGUCAUGACGUCCAUAAAAUCAAAGCUAUUAAAAACAGCUUUGUUUAUUCAGUUUCCUGUUUGCAAAAGAACAUCAGAGCGUAUGAACUCUUCUCAGCCAUCUUAAAGGACGAAGCGGUUCAGAUUGUUUUCGUACUCCAAAAGAAAAACCAAAACUUACUACUUUAGUACUUAAAAUAUCACAUUUUAAAAAUGCUCAUUCAUUAAACAGAUGCUCACUGUAACUUUUAGCAAAUGUUCCAGAGUUAUAUGGACUAUUUUCAGUUUGACGUGUAAAACAUGUCAGAGUGAAUUUUCUGGACACAAGGACAUUACAUGCUGUGAAAACAGUCGUGAUGUCGCUCUGUGGGUCUGGAGGAGCUUCAUCAUCACAUCUGAGUGUGAAAGAUGUAAGUAUUUAGCGGGCAGGGAGCGUCUAAUGAGAGGAAGGAAGUGCAGGAUCCAGUAUGUCUGACCCAGAUUAAACGCCAAGGCUGAAUCCACAUUUCAUCAGUGGGGCUGACAUAUGUCAGGUGUGACUCUGACUGGCUGAAAUGUUAAUUUAAAGAUCUGUAAAACUAUUAGACUUUUGACUUGAACAUAUUUUCACUCAUGACCGUUUUUUAAUAUCUAAAUUUAAUGUGUAAUGGAAAUUGUAUAUAUCUCCUAUAUAGUUGUUGCAGUACGAAUCUAGUCUUCACUAGUUAUGGUUCCAAGCUGACAGACCAAUAAUUUUACUUUGACUCCAGCUGAACUGUAGAUAUGUAGGAUAUCUGAAAUGUAAGGAUGACUGUGGAUAAUCAGUAAAGUCCACUAGUGAAAACUUAAUUGUUGAUGUUAUUGUUGAGUUGUAGAUAAUGAUUGUUACCGUAAUUAGAAUUACAACUAUUCAAAAUUACAUGAGGGAUCUGUCAGCUUGAAAUGAUUACAUCUGAAUUAUGGAUACCUAUAAUUGUAAUUAACUUACAGUGUCUACAGUGAACAUUUUUACCAGUGAGAAAUUAAAUGUUCUCAUCAGGCAUUACAGUUUUGACUGAUGAGAGGUGAGCUGUAGAUAUUCUUUAGUUAGAAUUAUUUCUGAUUUAAUGUUGAACGUGCUUGCCAUAAAUUAAAUGUCCACCUUCUGGACAUCAGUGCAUUAUUUCUAUUCCAAAAAAGUUUUACACACACACACACACACACAUGUACAUAUAUGUAUUCAUGACUUACACACAGAAAUUUCACUGUUGGUUUUGGUCUUUUAAUGGGGUUUAUGUCACCUCUGUGGUUUGCAGUUGAAGAAGAGAAUGUCUGUAGCUCUUCAGCCUGUGGAUAGAAACAAAGAUUUCCAAAGCAAAAGUCAACAUCAAGUCAACACUUUAAUGUCUUUAACUGCAGAGAAGCUGAUGUUGAAGCUGACGUCAAGGUUGAAGCAGCACACGGUUCUUAACCAUUUUCUGAAUGUGUUGCUGUUCAGCGUGCCAACAUGAAUAACAGCAGAGCUGGGUGUGCAAAAGCAAAUAAUAGCAUCUAAUGUGCUGCUCAUUUGAUUGUCUGUAUCAUAACUCGGGUGAAGGAAAGAGCUUUGCUGUUUGUUUUCCUUCUCUGUUCAUCUUCAGUUGAACUUCCCUGUUUGUAUCAGUAUGUAUGCAAUGACAGUAAAUGGACAUGACUACGGCCUCUCA